AGCAGUACCAGUAGCAGCAGUAGUAGUAGUAGUAGUAGUAGAAGUAGUAGUAGUAGUAGUAGUAGUAGUAGUAGUAGUAAUAGUAGUAGUAGUAGUAGUAGUAGUAGUAGUAGUAGUAGUAGUAGUAGUAGUAGUAGUAGUAGUAGUAGUAGUAGUAGUAGUAGUAGUAGUAGUAGUAGUAGUAGUAGUAGUAGUAGUAGUAGUAGUAGUAGUAGUAGUAGUAGUAGUAGUAGUAGUAGUAGUGGUAGUAGUAGUAGUAGUAGUACUAGAAGUAGUAGUGGUAGUAGUAGUAGUAAUAGUAGUAGUAGUAGUAGUAGUAGUAGUAGUAGUAGUAGUAGUAGUAGUAGUAAUAGAAGUAGUAGUAGUAGUAGUAGUAGUAGUAGUAGUAGUAGUAGUAGUAGUAGUAGUAGUAGUAGUAGUAGUAGUAGUAGUAGUAGUAGUAGUAGUAGUAGUAGUAGUAGUAGUAGUAGUAGUAGUAAUAGUAGUAGUAGUAUAGUAGUAGUAGUAGUAGUAGUAGUAGUAGUAGUAGUAGUAGUAGUAGUACGUAGUAGUAGUAGUAGUAGUAGUAGUAGUAGUAGUAGUAGUAGUAGUAGUAGUAGUAGUAGUAGUAGUAGUAGUAGUAGUAGUAGUAGUAGUAGUAAUAGUAGUAGUAGUAGUAGUAGUAGUAGUAGUAGUAGUAGUAGUAGUAGUAGUAGUAGUAGUAGUAGUAGUAGUAGUAGUAGUAGUAGUAGUAGUAGUAGUAGUAGUAGUAGUAGUAGUAGUAGUAGUAGUAGUAGUAGUAGUAGUAGUAGUAGUAGUAGUAGUAGUAGUAGUAGUAGUAGUAGUAGUAGUAGUAGUAGUAGUAGUAGUAGUAGUAGUAAUAGUAGUAGUAGUAGUAGUAGUAGUAGUAGUAGUAGUAGUAGUAGUAGUAGUAGUAGUAGUGGGAUUGACAAGAAGGGGGUCGACAAGGAGAUCGACAAGAAGGGGAUCGACAAGGAGAUCGACAAGGAGAUCGGCAAGAAAGGGAUGGACAAGAAGGGGACCGAGAGUCUCACCUGUCCCGAGCUCUGGGUCCUCCAUUGGUUUAGAACUUAA